AUGGAGCAUCCAAAGCUAAAGCCUGAGCACUCAUCACCGCCAAGAGCGAACGAAUUUGUGAAAGGAUGUCUCCCCUUUAUUGUCGGAUGUGGCUCUGGCAUGGUCGCCACUACCUGCAUCCAGCCCAUAGAUACGAUCAAGGUUAGGAUGCAGCUGACGGAUCGAAGUAAUGGCAAACUAUCCCCAUGGUACGUUGCGAGAAAUAUUGUCGCAAGCGAUGGGGUUGUCGGCCUCUAUCAAGGCCUUUCCGCUGGCCUUCUCCGGCAACUUGUCUAUGGAACAUUGCGUCUAGGCCUUUUCUCAACCUUUGAGCAACAACUCGAGCGCAGGGCUCACGCACAAAAUAGAUCCCUCGGAUUCCAUGAGCGGGCACUCGCUGGACUCGGCGCUGGGGCGCUGGCGGCCUUCAUAGGGAACCCAACAGAGGUCGCCCUAAUUCAAAUGCAGGCAGACAGAAUGCGACCGAUGCAACAACGGAGAAACUACUCUUCGGCUUUCAAUGCACUAGGGCGCAUUGCAAAAAAUGAGGGCAUUUUUAGCCUUUGGAAAGGCGCCAAACCAACCAUUGUUCGAGCAAUGUCCACCAACCUCGGCCAACUGGCCUUUUUCUCAGAGUCGAAAAAUCAGAUUCAGAAACAUUCAUCCAUGUCCCGAGAGAAGCGAACUACACUGGCAGCUUUCAUCGGUGGCUUCGCUGGAGCAUUCAUAAGCCUGCCAUUUGAUUUUGUCAAAACGCGCCUCCAGAAUCAGUCAAUGUCUGGACCCUCUAGUGGUCUUCCCAUGUACACUGGUACGUUUGACUGCUUUGCAAAGGUUGUGCGAAAGGAAGGUCUUUUCCGAUUUUACCGGGACUUUUGGCCAUAUUUCAUGAGAAUCGCUCCCCAUUCGUAA